AUGGAUACUGAGGUUUCUCAAGAACACCAUGGUCGUACCAGUCAAUGUACCAAGUCGACUCGAAAUCUUAUUAGGGAUAAAAUAAUUAAUCAAUCAAAAGAGUGGUCACCGUAUGUGUUAGAAUCACAGCAAACUUGUAGCUUGUCGGAUAAUUUAUCGAUAUUACAGGGGAGAGAAACUGUGUUCAAUGAUCCAAGAAGAAAGGAAAAACUACGAGGUCUUCAAGCCAUUCUACAGGAAAUGCUACUAGAAGAACCUUUUGAUGUGAAUAAUCAGAAAAAAGUUGGCUUCAUGGCAUUUGACGAUGCAUUUGCUCUUUAUAUGGGAUUUCAGUCCACUCAAGACUUUUCUCAUCAAGCAAAGUAUAAUUUUCAGUGCGCUAUACUACAUCCAAAUACUGGAUUAUGUGUCAAUAUUUUAGUUAUUCCAGGCUCACGUGAAAAGGUUAUUAUAUUGUGUCCAGAUCGCUCCCUAGAUUUUACUUUCCUGUAUGAUUUUCUGGUAAAACAUUUCUAUAGUGAUAGAAAAGAGGAAUUUACCAAAGAGGAAAUUGAUAUUGUUGUGGACAGUGUGACAUCAGAAUGGGACAAGCAAGUAGUAAAGUAUAUACUAUGUCGAACAAGAACAGCUGAAGAAAUGAAGCUACUAGGCGUCAAACAAGAGACAAUGGAAAAAAUCAGAGACCGUGUUCCACUCGUUUUGGAGGAAGUAAGACAUUCAAGUGCCGUCGUUAAUAACGAGGUCAGUGAAAAUAUAAGCAAUAAGAUCGAGAAACUGGAGUCCAAAAUACAGGCGAAAAAGAAACUCUUGUUAAGAAAGUCAAAAAGCUGGACAAAA